CGUCAUCAUCGCGGAAACGAGCACAAACAGCAGCAGCCAGAAAAACAAAAUGGGAGCAGUGCUGGACACCCCAACGAGGUGUCCUCUCUGCAACGAGCUGACCGGUGAACCCGUCACUCUGAAAUGUAACCACCAAUACUGCCAACGAUGUAUCGGAGACUUGUGGAGUGCUACCCCGAACGGGCCGUACCACUGCCCGGAGUGGAGGUGCAAAACAGUGUACCAGACUCUACCGUUUGGGAACACUUUGACACGGCCGCCAACAAACAGCCGCCGGGCUCAGCCUCGCAGCACCGCAGGUUCCCCCAGCAAUGAUGACACAUUCAUCUCAGCACUUAGACGGCCCUCACUCACCAGCCGAAUACUUGGAAAGAGAAAGGCCAGCACGCCUGCUCCAGAACAACCUGACCCAAAGCGAUCCACUGUGGAAGCUCCCUCUGAACAGCACAGUGACACUGAGACUCCUUCCACCUCCUUCUCUGGUAAAACUGAUGCGGUAACAAACAAGAAAGUAGUGGGUCCUGAAUCUUCACUGUCAGUUCAGGAAGAGGGAACAUCUUCAAGUGAAACCUCUGACAGCCCCACAGCACCUUCAAAUGAUGUACUUCCUGCAAAUGAUCAACCUCAUGACACUCCAGUCCAACAGAACAACGGUAAAUCAGGGGAAGAAAUCUCAUUAGAUGAAUCAGACACAUCUGAUGAGGUAGAUAUUUGUGAUUUGCCUCCUCUUGAGACCUUGAGGAAAGAUACACCUGUUACAGCAAGUCAUACAUCACCAAAGAAACAUGCCAACUCAGAGUCAUUUUCUGAGGUCUCAACUCCAGUUAAAGAAAAAACUCCUGUACACAAUACCAGCAGAUCAUCACCAAUGUUCCCAAAACAUCCUGCAGCUUCUCCUGGAUCCCCAAGUGUUGACAACAUAUUCCCUAGGCUAGAGAGCAAAAAUUCUAGUCCUGUACCCUGCCAUUAUUGCCCUAAAACUGGGUAUCAGACCGCUGUGAAGACCUGUCUGGUGUGUGGAGCAUCCAUGUGUAAAGAGCACCUGCGGCCCCACCUAGAUUCCCCUGUCUUCCAGAAUCAUACUCUGGUUCCUCCCAUGGAAGACAUUUCUAUCUGGAGGUGCCAGGAGCACCAGGAGAUAAACCGAAUCUACUGCCGACAGUGUGGAGUGUGUGUGUGCACCUUGUGCACUGUCAUAGGCUCACACCAUGACCAUGUCUGCAUCAGCAUCAGGGAGGCAGAGAGAGCGCUACGGGGGAAUCUGAAGGAGAAGAUCAAGCAGCUACAGGAGGCUGAAGAACAAGUGAAGAAAAAAGUGUCUGAACUCACACAAAAGAAAGAAACCUUCAGAGUGUUGCUGAGUGACGCUCGAGCAGGGGUGCAGCAGCAUUAUGGAGCCAUCAGAGAAGCCCUGGAGCAAGAAGAGGAAACAGCUCUGAAUUGUGUGUCUCAGGAGGAGAGCCGGGUUCUGGGGGGACUAGAGGAGAAACUCGGUCAUCUUCAGAGCUCGCUGCAGUCCAUUCAGAAAGGCCUUCACACACUGGAGGGGCUGGCUGAUACAAAAGGAGACAAGCGCGUUCAGGACCAGGCCUUCAUUAUGGAGUACAGCAAAGUUGCCCAACUUGCAGAUAAAAUGGGGAGCUCUGUGGACCAGUUCGAAGCUCCAGCAGAAGUGGAUCAGGCGCGGCUGAAAUGUCUGCAGGACUGGACUGAGAAACGUCUAGAGACGGUCGUCAUAACCGUACCAGGGAAAGAAAGAGACCUCUACAGACUGCUGUAUGGCACUGUCCCUGUCUUGGAUGCAGACACAGCACAUCCCAAGCUGCAGUUGUCUGAGGACAACAGAAAGGUGACUUACAGUGAGGCCCAGCAGGCCUACACAGAGCACGAGGCCCGCUUCAGCUCCUUCCCACAGGUCCUGGGCUCCUCUCCCCUGGAAGGUGGCCACUGGUACUGGGAAGUGAACGUAUCUGUGGACGAGGGCCGCUGGAAGGUGGGUCUGUGUGAGGGUCAGAUGGAGAGGAAGGGCCAAAAAGACAACUCUCGUCUGGGCUUCAACUCAAGCUCGUGGUGUCUGACCUGCGACAGGAGGAAGGUGGAGGCUCUGCACAACAAGGAGUCCACUUCUGUGGACGCAGAUGGGCUGCAGAGGGUGGGAGUGUUCCUCGACUUUGAAGAAGGGGUUGUGUCUUUCUUUAAGGUGACACCAGGGGGCAGUCUCGCUUUGAUGCAUUCCUACAAGCACAGGUUUACUGAGCCUCUUUACCCAGCAUUCUCGGUAUCUAAAACUCACCUGGCCAUCUGUGAUCUGUUUCAGUCAUGAAUCAUGUCACACUUGAAUGUCACCUCUGCUGGAAAUGUUAAGAAACCAUGACAGCGCUGUGCCUUUUUUUGAAAAAAAAAAAAAAAAAGAAAAAAAAUUUUAUCUUUAAAUGAGCCAAUUUUAAAUUACUCUUUAGCUCUGUCCUACACUGUAUAUAAUGUGAAAACCCUCAGUGGGAUUUUAUAUCAUUUGAUAAUACUGGCUCAUGCAAGAAUUACACUUAAUGAUACAGUAUUUGAAGCAUUUACCAUUUAAAUUCCAUAUUUUAUCAAUCAGGGUUUUACAUUUGAUAUAUUUUAAAGCUUAGAUUGUCUCUGCUCAUUUAAGCAAGUUGCAUUCUGCACAGGCCAUGAAUUCCAAUCAUAGUGGAUCUGGAAAAUAUAUUUCAUAUUUAGAACUGUGAAAAAAAUGUUCAAAAUGCUUUUAAUUACCUCUCUGACAUGUUUUUUUCCUUCAAUGACUCUUUGUCUUGGUACAGCAAUAAAAUGUGAAAGCUUCAAAAA